AUGCAUAAGCAGGGCAAGACUCGUUCCAAGACUGGGUGCCGUACAUGUCGCAUCCGUAAGGUGAAAUGCGACGAGGAGAAGCAUCCGGUCCAGGGCCAGGAGGAGCCUCAGUGCACACGAUGCAGGGUAGCACGCAUCAAGUGCGAGUGGAAAGGCGGACCAAUACCACGCAAAUCGACUUCUGUAUCAUCGUCAUAUCCGAAAAAUGCCCAGGGGACGUUAGCGACUUGUGAUGCUAGCCAAACCACCCAGCCGGUUCGACCGCGACUUCCAGGUCAACAAACUGCCAACCCCUGCCAAGCGUCGUUGCUGCCCUCCCAUAGAAUUGGCAGUGGGAACCGGGGCCAAAGCCUACAGGCCUCCAACUCCUUGACCUUGUCGGCCUUUGACCGGGAUUGUCUCAGUUAUCUUCAAAAUUCGACGCUAGUAACAAUCCUCGGGAAGCACUGGCCAUGGUCCACUGUUUCCUAUGCGUAUCACCGAAUCGCUAUUGAUGAGCCGAUGGUGAUGAGCAUGAUGUUGGCCAGUACUGCAAGAGAGAUUCAUCGAUUGCGGCUCUAUGACCAAGAAUCCUUCGCGGUUAGCAGUUUAAAUUCCAGUACCCGUUCUAACAAUGAGUCUUGCGAACUUGACGGGCGGACGCAUUAUGGCCGAGCAUUAUCAAGACUGCGCCACGCUCUUAAAAUUGGUGUCAAGUCACCACAAAAGAUUGAGGCAAUUUUCAUAACUUUAUGGCUUAUGAUUGACUAUGAGAAUCGGUUUGGGAGCGGAGCUGCUGCAAUCAACAUCCAUAUUCGGGGUAUCGAGAGCCUCCUUCACGAUCAUGUUGUCCCAUUGCUUCGAGCCCACGAACAUCAUCCUCGAGGACCGCCGGAAGCGUUCUCUAUUGCCCUCACGUCAGAUAAUGAAAGCCCUCCCAAUCGCGCACAGGAGGAUGCUUCGCCCCCAACCGCGGGUGAAUACGAUGCUAUGGCCGGUUCAAACGCACUUGGGUCGCAGUCAAAUUCUCUGGACGGACUCGGUUGUACAUCGGUUCCUCUCUUUCUACUUUGGACGUUGUACUUCUUUACCCCAGCAGCAUUAUUUUUUGGCCCACCCACGGGGCGACUGGAUACUGAUAUUUAUCAGCUUUUCCUCGGCACUAACGCCGCUGACACGAUCCCGUUGAGUUUGCCAGAACUCUAUCGAAUUAGCAGGCAAUCACCUGCUCGGUACUGGGGUGGAACAUACCCCAUGUCUGCCCAGAUGGAUGACAUGGAGAACCUUCCCGGAUUGACCCUGUACCAUCGAAACCAUGUCGUUCAGUUUCAAAUCACUGAACUGUUCAAACAAGGCAUGCCUACGGAAGUGCCUUCUGGUGGGAAGUCUCCCUACCAACAUAUUAUCGAUGAAAUCAACACAAUCGCCCUGGAAUUUGAUACCGUUCUCGCUACCGUCAAAACCGCCCAAUCCUGCGAUGUCAACGAGGGCCGCCGUGUCUUAGAGACUAUUCACUGGGCUGCCAUCACAUUCUACAGCACCAUCGUCUACUUUCACCUAUGCUUCCAAGAUAUUCUCAACAAACAUCCGGGCACUCAAGCUCACAAUACCCUUAUGACCCUUCCCGCCGCAGUAUCGCUCAUUCUUGAACAGAGCCUGAAGCUCCAUCGUAGUCGACCUCAUCUCAUGGUCCGCAUCGUUUGGCCAUUAUUUUUAGCUGGGAUCGCAACAUCUGAUCAGAUAUACCAGGACUGGGUGUCGAUUCGGCUAAAAGAACUCGGUCGCUUUGGACAAAACUACACUCGCACCAGUCGCCGGUUCGAUGAGAUUAUCCAGGGGAGUCAC